UAAGUCUGGUCAGUAUCAAGUUGAAGUUCACUGUACAGUUGUGAAAACUACUUUUCCAGUUAAUUAAUGUGCCCUUUUCAAUCCCCUACUGCUAGCUUCUAAUUCAUUUACCUAACUAGGUAUUCUUCACUCUCUCUCCCUCUCUCUCACUCUCGCUCUCUCAAGUCUCACCCUUUUUUGUGUUUUGCUAAAUAGGACUUCACUCUUCACCGCCCUUCACUAAGCUUAAAGCUACUGUUAUGGCUUCAUCAUCGUUAUGUAAUGUUUCUGAUCAUACAUAGAUCUUUAACAAAAGGGUUCUGCUCAAGUUCAUAAUUAGCUUCCGUUGAAUCUUUGAAUUAGACUUGUGUUAAUUGUAUGAAUAUUCGUUAGUUGACCUUAUGGAAGACUUCCCUCGACUUGAUCUUCUUCCUGUGCCAUCAUCAUCAUCAUGUUCAGAUCAUCCUAUGUUAAUAAAAGUUGGAAGCAGCUUUUCUCAUGGAAACUACGCUGCUAAUUCUAGUAACAAUUCCAUGCUUCAUCACCAUCAAUUUGAUGCUACUGGAUCCUCGGAUAUGGCCGAUCUGAUCAAGGCUCAAAUCGCCACUCACCCCCGUUAUCCAAAUUUACUUUCUGCGUACAUAGAAUGCCAAAAGGUUGGAGCUCCCCCAGAAACGGCCUCCCUUCUUGAAGAAAUGGGUCGAGAAAAUUUUAGUACAACAAGAAGUUGUAGUGAAAUAGGAGCUGAUCCAGAGCUCGACGAGUUCAUGGAAUCAUACUGUGAGAUUCUUGAGAGAUGUAAGGAAGAGCUAUCAAAGUCGUUCAAUGAAGCAAAAAACUUCCUAAACGACAUCGAAUCACAACUGAGUAACCUUUGUAAAGGGGAACUGACAAGAAACUUUGAUUAUGAUCACUCUGAUGAAGCAGCUGGGACAUCAGAGGAGGAGGAGCAAAGCUACGGCGAGACGGCAGAAGCAGCUGAAUGUCAGUAUCAGUCUGGUAGUGCACGCCAAGAUGAACAAGAGGUUAAAGGAAUGCUGAUGCGCAAGUACAGUGGAUAUCUUGGCACUUUAAAGAAGGAAUUCUUGAAGAAAAGGAAGAAGGGAAAGCUACCAAAAGUUGCCAGGAUGACACUAAUGGACUGGUGGAACAAUCACUAUAGAUGGCCAUAUCCCACGGAAGAGGAGAAGGUGAAACUAUCAGCUGAAACUGGACUAGACCCAAAGCAAAUAAACAACUGGUUCAUCAAUCAGAGAAAGAGGCACUGGAAACCUUCUGAAGAUGUGAGAUUUUCUCUCAUGGAGGGUAUCCCUCCAAACAAUAACAUUGAAGAAGCCAUCUACUUAGACACUCGAGACGGAGCAAGAUAUUACCAAAAAUAAUCUCAUCAAUAUAGAUAUAUCUGUCCACAUGUAAUCUAUAAUUUUUUCCAUAUACCAGUUUGUGUAACUACUCAUUUGUAUAAUAACUUGAAUAAUCACAUGCGCACAUGUAAGCUUUGCUUUUCUUCUUUGA